AUGAGUAACUCUUCUUCUGACGAAACCACUUCUAGUGAAACUUCGUCCAAUCCAUCCACUACUCCUUCUCCCAUUCACACGAUAAUCGGUAAUCCUUUCGCAAUGAAUAAUAAUAAUGAAAUACAACAGAGAACACUUAAUGAUUACCUUCACCCCACCCAAACUUCCAUACCAUCAUGCUUCAUAUUUCCUCCUAAUAUGCCAAGUCUUGGUGUCAAACCCGGCAUUAUUCAACUUUUGCCAACUUUUCAUGGAAUAGAAAAUGAAAAUCCAUACGUGCAUAUUAGGGAGUUUGAGGAAGUUGUUGACACUUUUUAUGACCGAGCAACCAUCAAUGAUGCUGCACGUUUAAAGUUUUUCCCCUUCUCCUUGAAGGAUAAAGCUAAAAGUUGGUUGUAUUCUUUGAGAUCUAGGUCUAUUGGAACAUGGGAAGAAAUGACCAAAACAUUUUUUGUUAAAUAUUUUCCUGUCCAUAAGACCAACAGUUUGAAAAGACAAAUCUCAACAUUUUCCCAAAAAGACAAUGAAACAUUCUAUCAAGUCUGGGAGAGAUUUAAAGAUCUCUUAAGUCAGUGUCCACACCACGGGUACGAGAGUUGGCGCAUCGUCAGCUACUUCUAUGAAGGCCUCACAAGUCGUGAGCGCCAGUUCGUAGAAAUGAUGUGCAACGGUGAGUUCCUUCAAAAGGAACCCGAAGAAGCUCUUGAGUUUCUCAUUGAGCUUGCUGAAAAAUCUCACACAUGGACUGGUCCAAGUGCUGCUGAAAGCACCAACAGAAAUCGACCAGCUGGGAUUUACCAACUUCGGGAAGAGGAUAGCUUAAAGGCCCAAGUCGAAGCUUUAAAAAAGCAAAUUGAAAUCCUUACGACUAAAGAUGGCCAAAAAGGGCGCAUGGUUGCCCAAGCACAAUCCAGACCACUCGAACCUUGUUUCGUUUGUGGAGAAAAUGACCAUUUAGCUAAGGACUGCUUAGUUUACAAAGAAAUGAAGGGGGUUCAUGAGGAGCAAUGCAAUGCCUUAGGGCAAUAUAACAAGCCAUUCUCCCAUGCGUACAACCCUGGUUGGAGAAACCACCCGAAUUUCAGUUGGAGAGAUAAUUCCAACCAAGGUCAAACGUCUGGAGGACAAUGGAGAAAUGAGAAUCAAGCUCAACCUCCAAAGGCAUAUCAUGCACCUCAAUACCAUGCUCAACAACAAGGAAACUCCCUUGAAAAUACCAUUCAUGCAUUCAUUGAGGAACAAACCAAAAUCAAUCGCCAAUUAAAGGAAGAUGUCCAAGAAAUAAAAAGUCAAUUUUCAAAAUUGAACACAUCCUUAGCUAUUUCUGAGAAAGGCAGACUUCCUUCCCAACCUCAAUUCAAUGCACAAGGGCAACAUAUGGCUGAAACCUCCACCUCUAAUGAUCCCAUCGUUAAAGGGGUUAACGCCAUCACAACAAGAAGUGGUAAAGCUUUGGAAGAUCCAUCCAUCAAAACCACUACUUCAAAUUCAAAAGUUGCCCCUGACAGUGCACCGAUAAAUGCUCAAGCAAAAGUACCAUUUCCCCAGGCUCUUAGACCUGUUGGAAAAAUUCCUGAAAACCGAGCUGAACUCCUUGAGCACUUGACACAAGUGAAGAUUAAUCUUCCUUUGCUUCAUAUCAUAAAACAAGUGCCAGCUUAUGCCAAAAUCAUCAAGGACUUGUGCACUGCUAAGAGAAAGCACCAUGUCAAGAAGACUGCUUUCUUGACUGAACAAGUGAGUGCGGUGAUCGAACAAAAGACACCGCCAAAAUACAAAGAUCCUGGUUGUCCCACCAUUUCAUGCCAAAUUGGGACUCAUGAAGUCAGCCAAGCUUUGCUUGACCUUGGCGCGAGUGUGAAUCUCAUGCCUUACUCUGUGUACUCGCAACUUGGUCUUGGAGAAAUGAAGCCAACAUCUGUUGUGUCUUGCAGCUUGCUGACCGCUCUAUCAAAAAGCCUCGGGGUAUCGUUGAGGAUGUUCUUGUUCAAAUUGAGAAAUUCUAUUAUCCCGUGGACUUCCUUGUUCUGGAUACUCAAUCUGUGGUCAACAUGGAAUCCAAAAUUCCCAUCAUCCUUGGAAGACCAUUCCUUGCCACUGCAAAUGCUUUGA